AUGGACGUAGCCAUUGAGCUUCUAGAUCCCUUGAUCCUCGAUAGAGCGUACGCCUACUUCGUCCCUGCAGUCUCCGAUGGCAGCGCCUCGUCACAGCCGGUAUCAGCAUGGCCGCGAGACAGCAUUCUGCGGCAAUGUAUCUCGAUCCUGGUGAUCACACAGCUCGGUGCUUCACUUCUCUACUGGGUCUUCAGCUCCUUUUCAUACUACUUCAUCUUCGACCGGCGUCUCGAAUACCAUCCGCGCUUCCUCAAGAACCAGGUUCGACAGGAGAUAAUUUCGUCGAUGAUGGCCAUCCCCUGGAUCAACAUCUUUACCCUCCCAUUUUUCCUGGCCGAAGUGCGUGGCAAGAGCCUCUUGUAUACCAGAGUGGAUGACUACGGCUGGGCGUGGUUGGGGUUCUCGGUUGUGCUAUUCAUGAUCUGGAAUGACUUCCUUAUCUACUGGAUUCACAGAUUAGAGCAUCAUCCCAGCAUCUACAAAUAUGUUCAUAAGCCCCAUCACAAAUGGAUUAUGCCAACUCCAUGGGCGGCUCUCGCUUUCCACCCCCUUGACGGAUACGUUCAGUCCCUACCGUAUCACGUCUUUGUCUUCGUCUGCCCGGUACAAAAGUACCUCUACAUGACCAUGUUCAUCCUCGUACAGAUUUGGACCAUCUUCAUCCACGAUGGUGACAUGAUAUCAGGCCACUGGCUCGAAAAAUACAUCAACAGCCCUGCCCACCACACCCUCCACCACCUGUACUUCACCGUCAACUACGGCCAGUACUUCACUUGGGCGGACAGCUACUUUGACUCGCACAGGGCACCGCGACCUGAACUUGACCCGCUCCACGAUGCGCUGCGAGUCAUGCGGGAAAAGGGACUUGUUGAUGAGAACAACAACCCGAUUCCCCAAAAGAAUAAGAAGGAAUAA